AGGCAGCAGCACUUCCUCCUCCGCCUGGUUGUCUCUCGGUGGGACGAGGGGGGCUGAGACGGACGGACGACGACAGCCCAUUCAGCACAAAAACACACCAUGUGAAGAGAAAAGUGGAUAAAAAGGUGGACACGGACAGCAAACUUAACGAGGGGGGUGAGAACUACAAACAUUCGUCUCAGCACCGACACUACUACCAGGAGCAGCAGCAGCAGCAGCAGCCGGGGGUCGGCGUUGUUUCACGGCUCGGCCGGAGAGCGGAUGGACAGAGCGGGAGACGGAGCAGGACAGCCACGGGAGGAGAUGCUGACUGUGCAGCCCUUUGUGAUUUGAGUGUUUUCCACAAGUCCAAUAGCCCUGAGGUAGCAGACACGUAUACCAUGCCGACGAGCGAUGGCCCUAGCCGCUUCCCGGGCUUUGUACCUCCGCCCCAUGCCAACCACCAAAGGUCUCCAUGUUAUGUCCCCGGGCGAGUGGCCCCAGUGCGCUCGCCACCACCCGCCAAAGCUCCGCCACCUCCACCGAUAAAACCUCACGGCCCUCCGCCCGAGCGACGAGCCACCUUCAACGUGUCGGAGGAGAGCCAGCGUAGGGAGCGCGCUCAGAGCCUCCAGCAGAGAAAGAACACGUUCAUCUGUUUUGGGGUGUCGAUGGGGGCGUUCUUCCUCACUCUCAUCCUCAUCCUUAGUCUUACGAGUGGAGAUGUGUUAGAUGAGAAUUGUCCAGACCACAACCCAUCCCUCAGUAGCUGGAACCCAGGCCACCAACCGGAGAAGGCUGUUGUCAUCAGAAGAGGACAUUUGUUUAGAUUGGAGUCUUCUGCUACCUUCCAUUCACUGACCAUCCAGUCAGGGGGUCAGGUAGUUUUUGCAGACAAUGCCGAUGGCUCCAAAAACAUAACCUUGAGAACACAUCACAUCCUUAUAGAAGAUGGCGCGGCCCUUCACAUCGGCGCUCCCAAGUGUCGCUACCGUUCACGCGCCACAAUCGCUCUUGUGGGCCGCUCUGACAACAAAGCCGUCCCCGAAGUGCCCGGCCUGGGCCGCAAGUUCAUCGGCGUCAUGAGCGGCGGGACUCUGGAGCUACACGGCACAGAGGCCGCUUCAUGGUCUCUGCUGACCCGAAGUAUCCCAGCAUCCGGUCUGGUCACGGGAGGUCACGCCUUUCAGCGGAACUUCAGCCGAGGCAUCAACUUGCGCGUGGUGGACCAGGAUACAGCUGCCGUGCUGCUCUGCGAACGCUAUGACACACACGACUCCCGCAAUGACAGCCGGCGGCUCACCCAGCUGCUGCGGACGCUGCCAGCGGGCCGCAUUGUCGCGCUGGCUGUGGGAGACUCGGCUGUCAAAAGCCUUCUGGAUGAAACCAAGAAGACCAUCGAAGAGAAGCUGGGCAGCAGCUUUGUCUAUGAUCUCAAAUACAGACAGGCGUGGGCUUUGGUCUCAGUGGUAGGCGGCGGUAACGCAUCAUGCACAGAGGAUGUUAGGGAACAUGAAAACCAUGACACGGGAGGGAGAGCUCUGGCAAGACGCAACUACACCACCGUGGAUGGAGUGGACUUCUCGGUCACCGCCUACAGCGAGUGGAAGAACGGUUUCCCCAUCUCAGGCUUCCAGGUGGAUGCCGUGGACCAGGUCGUGCUGAACCUGCAGGAUGAAGUGAAGACCUGGAAACCCGGCGAUCAGAUUGUAGUCGCCAGCACAGACUACUCUAUGCACCAGGCUGAAGAGUUUACUUUGUUGCCCUGCCCUCGCUGCAGCAGCAGGCAGGUCAGGAUACAAGGGAAACCUCAGUAUAACCACGUUGGCGAGAUCAUAGACGGAGUCGACAUGCGCGCUGAAGUGGCUCUGCUAUCCAGAAACAUUCUCAUCCACGGUGAAAUGGAAAACUCGUGCUACGGAAACAACAUGUGCCAGUUCUACAGCCACGACACCUAUGGAGGCCACAUCAAGAUCUCUGGUAACUUCUCGUCGGUGCAUCUGUCCUACGUGGAGCUGAAGAACAUGGGCCAGCAGGCGGAGAAAAGCCGCUACCCCUUGCACUUCCACUUAUGCGGGGAUGUGGACCAGAGGGGAGGCUACCGGGAGCCCACCUAUGUAGACGGACUCUCCAUACACCACUCCUUCUCCCGCUGCCUCACCAUCCACGCCACCAACGGUUUGCUGGUGAAGGACACUGUAGGCUAUGACACUCUGGGUCACUGUUUCUUCCUCGAGGAUGGGAUCGAGCAGCGCAACACCUUCUACCACAACCUCGGCCUGCUGACCCGACCUGGGACUCUGCUGCCCACGGACCGCAACGAGACACUCUGCACCAGCAUCAAGGACAAAGUCUACAAGGGCUACACUCCCUCGCCCAGUACAGAGUGCAAGGCGGUUUCAACAUUCUGGAUCGCCAACCCCAACAACAACCUCAUCAGCAACGCGGCAGCCGGUUCUCAGGAUGCCGGCAUAUGGUUUGUGUUCCACAGCUCCUCCACCGGAGACUCUCAUGGACUGGUACCAGAGACCAAGGCAGAGCUCACUCCCCUAGGGAUUUUUUACAACAACCGUGUACACUCCAACUUUAAGGCUGGGCUGUUCAUCGACAAAGGAGUGAAGACAACCAACGCUAGUGCAGCUGACCCCCGAGAAUACCUGUGUCUAGACAACAGUGCCAGAUUCCGACCACACCAGAACGCCGACCCCAGUCGUCCCCGGGUGGCAGCAGUCAUCGACACUCUGAUCUCCUUCAAGAACAACGACUUAGGAGCGUGGAUACGAGGCGGUGACAUCGUCAUCCAGCAGUCCGGCUUUGCAGACAAUGGAGUGGGAUUAUCAUUCGCCAGCGAUGGCAGCUACCCUAAGGAUGAAGGCUCCAGCCAGGAGGUGACACAGUCUCUGUUUGUGGGUGAAAGCCGAAACAGAGGAACCAACGGAGGGCAGAAUAAAUACUGGGGCCCGGGAGGGGCUGACGCAAAGAUGAGGACACUGCCAAGGAACAGGACGUUCCCAAUCCGAGGUUUUCAGAUCUAUGACGGUCCUGUGCGGCUCACGCAGAGCACAUUCCGUGGAUUCAUCCCCACACCGGAGCGUUAUACCAGCGCGGUGGGAUUCAACCUGAAGAACACCUGGCAGCUCACCCCAAGAAACAACCUUUCACAAGUCAGCUUCCACUCCACGGUGGGUCUGCGGACGUUCUUUGGUCGCCCGGGGCAGUGGUUUGAAGAGAACGAUCUGGACGGUGACAAAAACUCCAUCUUUCACGACGCUGACGGGUCAGUAACAGGCUACAGAGACAGCUACGUGGGCAGAGCAGAUAAUUACCUGAUCCAGCAUCCUCGGUGUGUGAACGUGUCGCAGUGGAGUGGGGUAAUCUGCAGCGGCCGCUACUCUCAGGUGUACAUCCAGACCCAGGGAGCCCCCAGCCUCAGUUUAUCUAUCAGCAGAGAUGAAUACCCCUUUGCUCCUCUGGUGCUGAGGGGGAUUAACAGCCAGGGGGCGCCGUCUCAGCAGUACCAGCCCAUCCUGAUGAUGAGCAAGAGCUACACGCUGCACUGGAGUGGACCUGCGCCCAGAGAGGUCGUCCUCUCUCUCAUCAACUUUGACAAAAAUGACUGGGUGCUGGUUGGACUCUGUUACCCGUCAGACACCACAUUUCAGAUCAUGGCCGACAUCAACGACCGGCAAAGCAACACCUUUGAUGACCUCACGGACUACGGCACCGUGUCCUCCCUCGCGGAGCUGGAGAAGAGACCGAUGGAGAGGAAGUACUACUUUGACCAAAGUGUUGGCUUGUUGUGGCUCUACCUUCGGGCCCGACAUGAUCGUGACGGUCACAGCUACUGUUCGGUAAAAGGCUGCGAAAGAGUCAAAGUAAUGGCCACCACGUCUUCCAAACAGAUCUGUAACUGCUCAGCCAAAGCCUACCCCAAAUACUCCAAGACACCCUCAGCAGCGGUGCCUAUGCCGGCUUUAAACACACAGCCCUGCAAAGGCUGCGGUGCCAAACAGCUUGUGUUUUCCAGCGAGCCAUGGACCUCCUACCUCCAGACACAAGUCAAGUCUCUCUGCAGCAAAGAGCAGCAGCGAGGAGAUAACAGCUCCUUUAUCACUGUGAAUGAGGUGACCAUGCCGUUCAAUCAGCCCGGAUAUCUCCUGGUGUCAGUGGAUGCAUGCUCUGGGAAAGUCACCAAGAAAACCUCAUUUGCCAAGAUGGAUGCUAAGAUGGAGCAGUAUCUAAAAACUGCAAUACCAAAGAGGUCAAUAGUUUUAAUUGCAACUCGAGGUCAACCAGAAGGCCUGGUUCGUGUAGCACCAUAUCUGGUCUCCUUCGGGUUGGCCAAAGCUGCUGAUCUGCACAGUAAAGAUAGUCUGGCACUUUGGGGCUUCCAUGGUGGUUCUUCACCCCCUCCGUGGGUCUCGCUACAGGCAGGAGAGGGGGAUGAGAUCUUAGGGCUGCAGGAGCGGUACUUGCCUCUGGGUUUGGAGGCUUACGGCUGUACGGCACCCGCGGCUCAAACACGCAAAGACCUGGAGCUACUCAAAAAAGCCACAGGACCACAAUGAUCAAUGUGAACUAUACAACUUAACUACCCAAAACACUCUUGCACACAGAUACACAAACACACACAACCAGCUGAUGAAUGUGAACUGCUGAACCUUUUAAUUUAUUAACAAUGGCAAAGAUGUUUACCAAUUUCAAGUGGAGAGAAGGUAUUUUAUUAUGAGCGGGGUGAGUAUUUUUGUGAUUUUGUGUAGUGUGUGUGUGAGUGUGUGUGUGUGUGUAAGUGUAAGUAUGCCUUGGGGCCGUUGAGUCAAUGCACUUUCCUUUUUAAAGACACAACUUGCCUUUUCAGCCAAAGUGAUCAAAUGGAGCUUUUAUAAUGACUUCAAGUUGUUUAUCACGGACAGCAGAAAAACAAACCCAAAGCAACCUUUAACAUCCACCCACCAAUCUUAUUAUGCAGUUAAUGAAAAGAGAAUGACUUGUCUGAAAACACAACACGAUGCAUUAGACACACACAGGCCAGGAGGAAAUUCUGAAUAUAAAUUGCAUUGUCCCUGAAAUGGGAGCAUGUUCGAUUAGAAACGAUAAAGAAACAAGACGGAUUAGAUGUGCUCAGCUCAAGGGAAAAUAAAGAAAACAAAUGCCAUCGCAUCUAUGGUGGCAAGUUGGAAACUUUCCAUGGGAAUUUAUGGGAAUAUUUUUGCAUAAUCUUGACUAAAAGAAACUGCAGGGCUAUUGAGGCGACGCCCCCUACAUGCACUGUGCAUUCCUCCAUCACAGCUGGGUGUGUUCGAUAGUAAGAUCUGAUCCAAAAUGAAGUCAAAUCAAGCCAUAUUCAUCCAGUAUUCAGAUGGUUCUAUAGACAUACGGUAGUCUGCAGUAAAAUUAGUAGGAGUUACUACUACAUACUCACUUUCCACCCGUCCUCUCACGUCUUUUAGCUUUUUACUUGACAUCUGCAACAACUGAAUCUUUGACUGGACAAACCUCCUCCGAUCAUCGUGCAGCUGUACAACUGAAGACUUUAUGCACCUUUUUUUUAUUUUUAUGGAUUCCUACAUGGACUUACUGGAUCUUUUAUCUCUUAGUUUUUAUUUAUCUCUUCACAGUGAUGGUGGCUCAAGUGCUGGCCACAUGUGCAGCACAAAUAUACAUAUAUAUAUAUAGAUAUGUUUUCUUUUUCUUUUGUUUUAUCAAACAGAGUUGAAUGUUUUAACUUUCAUCUGCCUCAUUCGUGAUCUUUUCAUGUGCAUUAUUGCCAAAACCGUGUUUAGAUACAAUACAGGGUGCCUUUAGAGUUAAUGCCCUGACUAGAAGUGAGCAGCAAAAUGCAUACAGAUCAUAUACCAGCUGUACGGUAUAAGGCUUUAUUUUGAGAAAAAGCGUGUUUGGAUGUGAGCAGGGCUCCCCCACUGAGCGACGAUAAAUACCAAUCUGUGACUGCGUGUGUGACUGUGUGAGUGACCAUGUGAGAUGUAGUUUCUUACCUUGUUGCCUUUUAACCACUUAACUGUUAAAAAGAGCAAAAGAAUGAGAGAAAAAAAAAAAAACGUUUCCGACCCUUUUUCCUUUUGUUCAAUUGAUGCUUUGAAGAUGCACAACCAGAGAUUUCUUAGUGUGAGCUUUGUAAAUAUGGUGUUUAAAUGUUAUAACUCCAAAUGUAAUGGAAAUGUCAAACAGGUUGUCAAUAAUGCGUUUAUUUACAGUGUUUGUUUUUUUUUGUCAAAUGAGUUGAUUCUUUCAACAUGAAAACUUAGCAUUUGUUAUGGGAUUGCCAAUUAAAUAAAACAUUUAUGCUUUGUGAUAAAAUCA